CUCGUAGCGAAUUAUUCCAGGAUCGCGUUCAUUUUAUACUAAACCAUGAUUAUCGAUAUUACUAUUCUGUUUCUGUUGGUGGCAGCCUUUAUAUUACAACUGGUUACGCUUCUUGGCAAUUUGCCGGGACUUCGAACCGUGUAUUUUGCAAGGGUUGAUCUUGUGCUGCGAGCCGAUGGUCUUCUUGGUGACGUACUGAACAGCAUCCGUCAGAACCUUAUCAAUAUUCCAGACUAUUUCACUGUCGCUUCUUUGUCAAUAUGUCAGGGUGCAACAACUGCUAGUAGUAUGCAAUGUACAAGACCGACUUUCGGAUUCAAUGCACCCACCAAUGGUGUCCUUAAUGUGAUACUCAGUUCUAUUCCCGAUAAAUUGCGUGUGGCCAUCUCAGCCGCUCAGGCAGGCGUACUUAUUCCAUCCGUAUGUUUCUGCUUCCUUGCGAUGGCCAUUUACAUUGUCGGCUUUUUCAUAACCGAUAGAACGAAACCUGCCAAACGUCGAUGGCUUAUCGUAAUGCUGUGGAUUACGACCGUCCUUGCUUUGCUGUUCGCCAUUGGAUCGAUUAUCGUGGAAGUGGUAGGCUAUGUGGGUAUCCAAAGAGCGGUCGAUGCAGCAGAGGGUCGGUUGCCAGAUGUGGCAGGUGUUUUCGAUUUGCGACCCGUGAUUGGUCCAGCCGUAUGGAUCACCGUAGGCGCUGUGGUAGCUUUACUUCUCACCUGUUUCCUGUAUUGUUUUGCACGUCGUCGCCGUUCGGUUGGUCAAGAAAAGGAAUUAUAUGGAGAUCCAAACCAGCCACCGCAGGAGAAUAUCGAAAUGCAACGACGUAUGUAAAGCGGACAAGAUCUACGGCAGCUGGUGUUACAAGCUGUCGCACCUGUCCUUCUCAAUUUCUAGACCGUUGAAAAUAGAGGGUCUGUUCACAGUUACUCUU